CAGCUAGUGACGCCGGAGAUCAUGAAGAAAGUGGAAGCUGAGCAGAUCAGGACUUUCCACCGACAGUACAGGGCUGUGAAGGCCAAUGCAGUGGCUAAGCUCCGCGCCAUAGGGGCCAGUUCAAACUUGACAGAAUUCCAGGUGGACACCCAGACCGAAGAAGUCACGAAUGAGUUCAUACAGAAGUCUCGUGCCGCUCUUAUGCAGCUCCUGCAGAUGCUCUGUAUAACCGUUGAAAAAUACAACUUUUCUCUCGGACUGGAUGGAAACCAAACGAGUAACGAGGUCCUGAAGAUAGCCGAAGCCGAAGUUGGGCGAAUUGUUGGACGGCGUGUAAAAGUGCCCAACGAGUACAUCCUCGAGCCAGAUGACAAUGAACUAGAGACUCUGCUUGAGAGCGUUACGGGCAGUCCUGAACAAUUCCUGGCUCAUGUUCUCCUGGAAGAUGUCAGUAAAUUAUUUUUUAAUGAAUGA